AGCUACCUACAAGUGUUUAAGCGAGGUUACGUCGGUCGUUUGGAAAUUUGUAGUGUCACGCACGGAAUAAGUCCGAUAAGUAACGUACCCUACAGCGUUUCAAGUUCUAAACAGAAGAUAUAAAUAACAAACAAUGGCAUUGGUAACGGACAAUGGAAAAGGACAUUUGUUCGAUUAUAAGAUGCAAGGAAUAAGAAAAGUAAACUUCAGCCCGUACUCCGAUAACGGAGGGAGUGUAGUUGCGCUAGCGGGAGAUGACUUUUGCGUCAUAGGUGCGGACACGCGUCUCAGUACAGGAUUCUCGAUCUAUACUCGAGAGCAGGAUAAAUUAUUUCCUCUGUCAAAUACCACUGUUCUGGGAUGCUCCGGUUGCUGGUGCGAUACCUUGACUUUAACUCGUCUCUUGUCUGCUAGAAUGCAGAUGUAUAAACACGAACAUCAGAAAGAAAUGACAACUCCAGCAGCAGCACAGAUGCUCUCAAUAAUGUUGUAUAACAAAAGAUUCUUUCCUUAUUAUGUCAGUAAUAUACUUGCUGGUUUGGAUGAAAACGGAAAAGGGUGCAUAUACAGUUACGAUCCGAUUGGACAUUGUGAAAAAACCACAUAUAGAGCAGGCGGUUCGGCUGGUGCACUUCUGCAACCACUUCUAGACAAUCAGAUCGGUUACAAGAAUCAAGACAACAUCACUCCGGAACCUUUAACGAAAGAUAAAGCCGUGGCAAUCUUAAAAGAUGUGUUCACUUCCGCGGCUGAAAGAGAUAUCUACACAGGUGACGGAAUAACAAUUAAAAUUAUCACAAAAGACGGUGUAGAAGAUUCCAAUUUCUCGCUGAGAAAAGAUUAAAUGGGGACUAAAAGAAACAUUAAUACUAUUGUAUCUAUGCAAAUUAAAUUAUUUUUAAGUAUUUCAGCAUUUCUUCGGCCAAAUUAUUUCUUCUGAAUACUGCUUAAAAUGAAUUUGUAUAAUUUAUUAAAUAUAUGUGAGAAAACUUAUUCGUUCCGUAUGUUUCUGAAGAAUAGCUUGCAAACAAAACUGUUGAAAUGAAAGUGUGCAAGAGAUAUUGCGUUUGGUACUCUUAUAUUUGU